AUGGUAAAAGAAUACCAAGAUUCUCCUUCAGGCUCAUUAGAUAAUCUUGUAGAUUUAAAUAAUGAACCUACUCAUAUUAACAGAAUACAUAAAUCGAUUAUUGGUGUUAAAAAGCCAUUGGAAUUUGAGGAUAUCUACCCGAUUGCAAAGAGAUGUAGUUCUGGUCAUCUGCUAGAGAAAUUUGAAUCAAUUUGGAAAGUUGGAAAAGAUUUUCAUCCUUCCAAAACUGAGAAUAAUAAUAAUAAUAAUAGUAAUCUUAAUAAUAGUCAAAAUAAUAAUAAUAAUAAAAGUGAUAAAAAAAAGAAAAGUAAGAAAACUAAAUCUUUAAUUGGAACUUUAAAUUCACAAUUUGGAUGGAGUUAUCAUUUGGCUUUCAUUUUCAAAUUCAUUGGAGAUGCCUGUGAAUUUGUUUAUCCAUUCAUGAUUUAUAAACUUGUAAGUAUUAAAUUAAUUCUUAAAUAUGUCCUAAUAAACAAUAAGCAAUGGUUUUUUAAUUCUAAACAAUUACACAUUUCAAAGACAAACUUUGUACAAGAUACAUCAGAGCCUUAUUGGCAUGGUCUGAUAUAUUCCGGAAUAUUAUUGGCUGCAUAUUUAGUACAUACAGUUUGUAUAUGUCAUUGGGAGUAUAGAGCCUAUACCGUUGCUUUUAAUGUUAGAUCAACAUUGGUAGCUGCUAUUUAUAAGAAAUCUUUAUUAAUUUCCAAUUCUGUAAGGGAAAAGGAAAAUAAAGGAAAAGGAAAUACAUUGAAUUUGGUUUCAAUGGAUGUCGAUAUGGUGGAGUCAAUGUUUCAGAAUUUCCAAUAUAUCCAAUCGGUGCCACUGCAGAUCAUCGCUUCGAUUAUACUUUUGUAUAGACUACUGUCUUGGAGUGCAUUGAUUGGAUUUGGUUCACUACUUGUAUUCCUACCUUUGAAUUUCUACUCUGCCAUGAAACAAGCUCAAAUCGGUGAGGAAGUAAUGAAGAGAAAAGAUAAAAGAACAUCCCAAGUAACAGAAGCAAUCAAUAGUGUAAGAGUAUUGAAAUUCUAUGGUUGGAUCAAUUUGAUGUUUGAUAAAAUCAUGGCACUUAGAAACAGCGAAGUCAAGGAAAUGAAGAAACUGAAUGUAUUCACAUCUUUUCUAUAUCUAUUUUGGUUCCUCCUGCCCGAUUUUGUGACGGUUACAACUUAUUGUGCAUUUGCCUUGUUUGGUAACCAAUUGGAGAUGGCCACCAUCUUGUCUUCACUUACUAUUUUCUUUAUAGUACGAUUCCCAUUAAGUUUACUACCACAUUUAGUCGCUGGAAUGUCAUUGUCCGUUGUUUCAAUGAAUAGAAUUCAAGCAUUUUUAAUGAAUGAAGAACUUGAAGAGCCAAAGACAACAUUGGCUGGAUCUACAUUCUAUGGUGAAGUCGAUCCAGAUUUCGAAUCUAAGGGUUUGGCAGUUUCAAUCAAGGAUGCUACCUUCCAAUGGAGCUUUGUUAAUCUUAGUGGUGAUGACGGAAAAGAAGGCGCUGAGAAUGCUAAAGAAUCUACCGACAAAAAUGAAAAGAAAGAAGAAAAGAAAGAAGAGAAAAAACCAUUGCUGAUCAAUGAUGACGGAGAGCAAAAUGGUAUUCCAAUCGAUGAGAAGGUUGAAGAUGAAGUUAAAUUUUUGUUGAAGGAUAUCAAUCUGGAAGUUAACAAUGGAGAGUUGGCAGUGGUGAUUGGGCCAGUUGGAAGUGGAAAGAGCAGUUUACUUUCAUCUCUGCUUGGUGAUUUGAAAUUGAUCAGUGGUGGUUGUGCACUCCAAGGAAACAUUGCAUAUGUCAGUCAGUUGCCAUGGAUCAUGAAUGGUACACUUCGUGACAAUAUCUUGUUUGGAAAAGAAUACGAUCAACAAAAGUAUCAGAACAUCUUGGAAGUCUGUGAAUUAACCCAGGAUCUUGAGUUACUGCCAAAAAGUGACUUGACUGUGAUUGGAGAGAAAGGAAUCAAUCUUUCAGGUGGUCAGAAACAAAGAGUGUGUAUUGCUCGUGCCAUCUACCACGACUCUGACCUCUAUUUGUUGGACGACCCAUUGGCAGCACUGGAUAUUCAUGUUGCACAAAAGAUAUUCAAGAAUGCAAUUCUCCCAAUGAUCCCAAAGAAGACAGUAAUCUUGGUUUCUCAUCAAAUGUAUCCAUUGGAAUUCUCAGACAAGAUUGUCACAAUGAACAAUGGUGUCAUUGAAAACAUUUGCAAAUAUGAAGAGAUGUCAAGAGAAACAUGGGAAGUUUAUCAAUUCCAAAACCAAAAUGCCAAGAAAGAGAAAGAUGAAGAAGAGAUUAAAAAGAAAGAAGGAGAGUCUGCUGAUGAAGAAAAGGAGGAGGGAGACGACGAUUUGAUUCUCGAAGAAGAUAGAAACAUUGGAAAGGUAUCAUACAAACAAUACUUUGCUUAUUUCAAGCAUAUCGGUGUUAUCUAUAUGACAAUCUCCACACUUCUUGGUUUAAUGGGUCCAGGACUUUCAACGUUCGGUAAUUACUGGCUCACCAGAUGGGCUCAGGAAUGGCAACUUCAAAACCAUCCAUCACUUUGGUUCUACCUUGGAAUCUAUUUCCUCUCCUCGAUUCUCAUGUCUUUCUGUGUUUUCGGUGUUACUCUUGCCAAUACAUUUGGUGGUUUGGCAGCAAGUCAACAGAUACACAAACGAGCACUUACCAAAGUUUUAAAUUCACCAGUUCAGUUCUUUGACCAAAAUCUCUCUGGUCGUAUCAUCAAUCGUUUCAGUAAGGACAUUUCCAACUUGGAUUCAUCAUUACCACUUUGUCUAGGAGAUGCCAGAGAUUCUCUAUUGAAUUCACUCUCUGUCAUUAUUAUGAUUGGUAUUGCCUCUCCCGUUGUGUUGAUUCUCUUGAUCCCUAUAUUUAUUGCAUUCUAUUUCCUUCAGAAAUGGUAUCUCAAUAAUGCAAGAGAACUUCAACGUUUGGCAUCGCUAUCACUCUCACCGGUAUUGACUCAUUUCUCAGAGACACUAACCGGUCAGAAUGUCAUUAGAGCAUUCCAUGCCAGAGAAAGAUUCUUAAAUAUUAUGACAGAGCGAAUCGAUUUAAAUUUAUGUUGUAAUCUAUACCAAGAGUUUGUUGCCCAAUGGACAUUCUUUAGACUUGGAGUGUUAUGUACAUUGUUUGUAGUUGGUGCAUCACUCUCGGCAACAUUCCUCAGAGGUCAUAUCUCUGAAGCAUUGAUUGGAUUGGCACUCAGUUAUUCAAUUACACUGUCUGGUGAAUUGAAUUGGACAUUCAUCCAACUAAGUAUCGUGGAAACACAAAUGAAUAGUGUUGAAAGAUUACAUCACUAUUGCAAUUUGGAGACAGAAAAGUUGGAAGGUAAAGAGACACCAAGCUGGCCACAGAACGGAAGAAUCAGAUUCAAGAACUUCUCAAUGAGAUACAGACCAGAGCUGCCACCAUCAUUGAACGAUAUCAAUCUUGAAAUUGAAGCAGGUUCAAAAGUUGGAAUCUGUGGAAGAACUGGUGCUGGAAAGAGUUCACUUCUCUUGGCAUUGUUCAGAUUGGUCGAAGCUGAUUCUGGUCAUAUCGAAAUUGACAAUGAGAAUAUCGAUCAAGUUGCACUUCAAGACCUGAGAAGCAAGAUGUCAAUCAUUCCACAAGAUCCUGUUCUUUUUGCUGGAACUCUCAGAUAUAAUUUAGAUCCGUUCAGCACUGCCACCGAUGCCCAAUUGUGGGAAGUCAUUGAACGUGUUCACCUCAAAGAGAAGAUCAAAUCACUUGAUUGUCUGGUUUCUGAAGAUGGUGGAAACUAUUCAGUUGGUCAAAGACAACUGAUGUGUUUGGCAAGAGCAUUGAUCAGAAAAUCAAAGAUCAUUGCAUUGGAUGAAGCAACAGCAGCGGUCGAUCUUGAAACCGAUGCAGUCAUUCAAAAGACAAUCAGAGAGGAAUUCAAAGAUUCAACAGUGAUCACGAUUGCACAUCGUCUCAACACAAUCAUUGAUUAUGACAAGAUCGUCUUGAUGAGUGAAGGAAGAGUCAAACAAGUUGGUAAACCAUCUGAACUCAUUGAAUUGGUCGAAGAAAACUCUGCAAAUGCCAACAACAACCCUGAUAAUCAAAAUCUUUCACCCACUUUACAAUCUCAAUCGUCAACAAUAACCAACAAUGAAACUUCAUUAAUUUAG